UUGCUUCCGGGAAAAAAAAAAAAAUCGUUCCUACCCGGAGCGUAAAUCAAGCGCACCCCCGCGCCGGACGCGCUGACGUGCCGCAUAGUUAGCGGCGAUUUCUCAGUUAACUGGAUGUUUUCAUUAUAAUGUCAUGUAACCAGUGAAAAAAUAUCCGACUCUUCAGCUCCCGGCGGAGACACGGAACGGAGCAAAGAUGGCAAACGAAAACGUGAGCGUCGUCUUCAAGCUCUACUGCCUGACCGUGAUGACUCUGGUGGCAGCCACGUACACGGUCGCUCUGCGCUACACGAGAACCAUUUCCUCUGGAGAUUUGUACUUUUCUACUACUGCAGUGUGCAUCACUGAGGUCAUUAAACUCGUGCUGAGUUUGGGGAUGUUGGCAAAGGAAACAGGAAGUUUGGUCAAACUCAAGAGCAGCAUUGAAGAGCACAUUAUUUUCAGUCCUAAAGAGCUGCUGAAGCUCAGCGUUCCCUCCAUCGUCUACGCGGUUCAGAACAACAUGGCGUUUGUGGCGCUGAGUAACCUCGACGCAGCCGUUUAUCAGGUGACGUACCAGCUGAAGAUCCCGUGCACCGCGCUGUGCACCGUCCUCAUGCUGAACCGCUCCCUCAGCCGCCUGCAGUGGUUCUCCGUCUUCAUGCUUUGCGGCGGCGUCACGCUCGUCCAGUGGAAGCCGGGUGAAGCCACCAAAGUCCAGAUCGAGCAGAAUCCCUUCAUGGGGUUUGUCGCCAUCGCCGUUGCUGUCCUGUGUUCUGGAUUUGCAGGUGUUUACUUCGAGAAGGUGCUGAAGAGCUCGGACACCUCCCUGUGGGUGAGAAACAUCCAGAUGUACCUGUCGGGUAUUGUGGUCACCCUGAUUGGUGUUUACAUGACCGAUGGAGAGAAAGUUUUGGAGAAAGGUUUCUUCUUCGGUUACACUCCCUGGGUCUGCUUUGUCGUUUUUCUGUCCAGCGUCGGCGGCCUCUACACCUCUGUGGUGGUGAAAUACACCGAUAACAUCAUGAAAGGCUUCUCUGCCGCCGCCGCCAUCGUUCUCUCCACCAUUGCGUCCGUUCUGCUGUUUGGACUCCAGAUAACGUUUGCAUUUGCGACCGGAGCCCUUCUCGUCUGCAUUUCCAUUUACCUGUACGGCCUCCCGAAGCAGGACACGUCCAGAGUCAGCCGGACGGACGCCGGCGCGGAGUCCAAGCAGAAACUGAUCUCAGUGUGACCUCGGAGAUUCUGGAGUUCAUCCAGCGGAGCAAAAGAGUUGACUUUGAAUUUUUUUUUUUGGUCAGCUGAAGGCUAGAACGGUGCGUGUAAAGUUUGUAAAUAUUCCGCACCAAUCUGCCACUUCAUGGAAUUCACCUUAAAAAAGGAGUAAAGAAGCUCUUACUUUGAAAGCAUCCAAACGGACAGAUUUAAAUGUACUGUGCCAUUAUUUUCCUACACUUUGUGGCUAUUUUAGGACCAGGUCACAUACUUUGAGGUUCCAAUCCAGACUAUCAUCACCUUAGAACUGUAGACCGUUUUAAUCUGGACAUGUUGGGUUUUAGCUUCACUUCCAAAAUAUAAUGGAAAGUCCUGGAAGCAUCAAAGGACACAUGUCACCAUGACAACAACCUGCAGAUCCGCUUCCCCUGAAGUAACCUGCAUCUUAGCUUCAUGCCCCGCUGAGUUCCUGUCUUCCAGAUGGACCGGUCUGUAUGUAUGUUUGGUAUGUCAGUUUGAGCAGUCAGAAAAUGUUUGCACGUAAACGGAUCAACCAACAGGAACAUAUUUGACUUCCAGGUGUCAGAAUUGGUUAGUUGUAUUUAAUAUUUUACUCCUGAAGUUCUUUAAUAAUUUGCUUUAAGCUGCUCUCAAAGAGAGAAGUUGCUUUUAUUUUGAAAAUAUUUACAAAUAUGAAACGGUUGUAAAAGACAUUCACAUUUUUUGUACUGGUGUGACGCCGAGGAUCCUCAUCCCAUUGGCUAAAACGGAGCAGGCCCCCCUGAAGAGGCGCAACCUUGUCUGAUAAUGGGAAAAAAGUGCAUUUUUAGUUGCUUUUUUUCAUCAAACUGCAUUAAAAGAUCAUGAAGUCGA